CCCAUAAACAAUAAUUAUUAAACCUUAAACCCAUAUGUUAAAAUAUUUUUAAUUGAAUAUAUUUUUGAAAAAUGAUAGCUAACUUAGGAUAUUUUAUAAAGUCUAAAUACUUUUCUAUUUUGAAUUUUUAGUAUUAAUAUUGAUUUGUUUUUAAAUUGCAAAAUGGUGAAAUCGUUAAAUACAAACUCACACACAUACACACACACACACACAUAUAUAUAUAUAUAUAUAUAUAUAUAUAUGAAGAGUAUGUGCAAUACACAAAGGUGACGAUUUGCAUAACUUUUUUGAACUUUAGAUUUGCAUAAAAUUUUGAGGUGACAAACGCGAUUUUACCAAAAAUAUUUUUCGAUUAACAUGCAUUACGUUUGAAAAAAAAUAUUUUGCCGAGAAUAUAAGUUCUAAGCAAAUUAAAGUGUUAUUACUUAAAACAUUAGUAAAUUUGUAAAUGACGAAAGGCCAGAAAAGUUUUAGUUUUGUAUAAUUCCACAAUUAAUGCGUUUGUUGAAAAUUAACAAAUCAUGUAAGAGUUUGAUCAUUCAUGGGUUACCCAUGUGAUGUCAAACUUGUUGAAUCGGCUUGAGUUAGUUAAAAUUUAAAAGAGCAAAUUACAUUCAUAUACGUGGGUGCAUGAAUACAACUAAUAUUACUGGUUUACAUAAUCGGAUCGAUUAGAGCGGCAAACCAGAAAGUAGAGGUCAAAAGUCGGUCACAAUCAUCAUCUUCUAAGGAAUCUAAACGAUGAGUUGAUUACUACUUUCAUGCCAUACCCGUAAAUUAUACAAAUGAGUUUUAUAUGGACCGUGAUGGUCAUUGCUGAUGAAGUUUACUUGUCUUCUCUUCUAACCCAAAACAAAUUAUACUAUAAUAGGGACUAUAUUAUAUACAAAUUAAAGUUAAAUGCCUUUAUAUUUAUUUUUAAUUCGUCCCUUUAUAAUAGAAAAGAUAUAACCAACUUCUUUAUUUAAAGUCAGAGGCGAUAUAUAUAUCGCAGUUUUAUCUACUACACUUUAUAAUAUAUAUAUGAUCCAGAUGUAUUGAGAAAGGGAGAAAAUAAGAAGAAAUAGGAAAGAGAGGGAGAGGAGAUGAAGAGAAAGAGAUACGACAUGGAGAAGAAGAAGACAGAGCUUCAAACCGCCAUAGAAGAGCUCUCUCUCUUGAUAAUAACUAAACCUGUAGAUAACAUUGAAACCUCACAUAUACCCUUGACGCCUUUUCUCUCCCUCUGCAACUUGAUCAUCCAAGUACUUGAUAAGAUAGGACCGACAAUGGCUGUUCUUAGACAAGACAUCGAUCAAAAUAUACAGAGAUUAGAGAAGGUUUGCGAAACUGAUCCUUGUGUUUACUCCAACUUGGUUGAGAUUCUUAAGAAAGAAAGGAACGAGGGGACAUACAAGAUGGUUGCUAGUUGCAGUAGAGCUCUUCUUUGGCUCACUAGGACAAUGGAUUUUACUGCGGGUUUACUACGACGGUUGUCAAAAGAGAUGUCGUCAAAAAUGGAAGAACUUAUAGAAGAAACCUACUUGGCGACUUUAAAACUGCAUCAUGGAUGGAUCGCUUCUGCUGCUUUCAAAGUGUGCUUGAAGCUAGUGCCUGACAAUAAAACUUUUAUGGAAGCGAUCGGUGGAAGAGACGAGAGCUAUGAGACCCUUAGAGAAGAUAUUGCGACAUUAAGCUCAUUGUUGACACCUAUUCUAAAUGAGAUUUUCAUUGUUCUGGAGCAAUUCGGAUUGAACAAGUUACGAUCGAUGUAAAAAUGGAUUCAGAAGUAAUCUCAUUAUUUGAUGUUUUCGGCGAACUUAUAAUUUUAUAUCAUCAAAAUGUAUAUAUCUUUAUAUGUAUAUAUCAGUUCUAAUACAGUUUCUCUUCUUCUUUUUUUUAAGAAUCCAAAAUUAAAAUUAUUUCUCUCUUUUAAAUAGGAACAAGACCUUGACCCGCCCGACCGGACGGGUAUUUAUUUUA